GGUGGUGGUGGCGAAGUGAGGUAUGAUGGAAGGUCGCUCAUCAUCAAUGGCCAGCGGAAGCUUCUCUUUUCUGGCUCUAUUCAUUAUCCAAGAAGCACUCCCGAUAUGUGGCCAUCUUUAAUAUCUAAAGCUAAAGAAGGAGGACUACAUGCCAUUGACACUUAUGCAUUUUGGAAUCUACACGAGCCACGGCCAGGACAAUAUGACUUCAGCGGAAGAAGCGAUAUAGCGAGAUUUAUGAAGGAAGUUCAAUCUCAAGGCCUUUAUGUCUGCCUAAGGAUUGGGCCUUUCAUAGAGGCCGAAUGGUCUUAUGGAGGCCUUCCUUUUUGGCUCCAUGACAUCCCCGGGAUGGUAUUUCGUUCCGAUAACGAACCAUUUAAGAUUCACAUGCUAAAUUUUACGACAAAGAUAGUGAAUAUGAUGAAAUCUGAGAAUUUAUUUGCGUCACAAGGAGGACCUAUCAUACUAUCUCAGAUCGAAAAUGAAUAUCAAAAUGUGGAAAAGGUUUUUGGCAACAAAGGGCCGCCUUAUGUCCGUUGGGCCGCGGAGAUGGCUGUGGGCCUCAAGACCGGCGUGCCAUGGGUUAUGUGCAAGCAAGAUGAUGCUCCGGAUCCCGUGAUUAAUGCCUGCAACGGGUUGACAUGUGGAGAGACAUUUGUCGGACCAAAUUCACCAAAUAAGCCAGCAAUUUGGACUGAAAACUGGACACAUUUCUAUGAUGUGUACGGUAAUACCACCAAAAUCAGACGGGCUGAAGACAUUGCAUACCACGUUGCUCUAUUCAUAGUCAAAAUGAACGGAAGCUACAUAAAUUAUUACAUGUAUCACGGGGGAACCAAUUUCGGAAGGAACGCUGCGGCAUUCGACAUAACUAGUUAUUAUGAUCCAGCUCCACUAGACGAAUAUGGUUUAAUCAGACAACCAAAAUGGGGACAUCUGAAGGAGCUUCAUGCAGUGGUUAAUCUAUGUUCAGACACCCUACUGCAUGGAACUCAAAUAAACAUCUCUCUGGGUACACUGCAACAAGCCUAUGUAUACAAGGGAGUAAAAAACGAAUGUGCAGCAUUUCUUGUGAACACAGAUGGUGCAAAGGAAGCAACCGUCCAAUUUCAGAAUCAAACAUAUAUAAUUCCUCGAAAAUCAAUUAGCAUAUUGCCAGACUGCAAAACAGAUGCAUUCAACACAGCAAAGGUGAGCAGUAAAGGAAGCACGAGAACAAUGACACCAAUUGUGAAGUUGGAUUCAAAAGAGAUGUGGGAAGAAGUGGAUGAAGCUAUUGCAGCGUUUGGUAAUACCUCUUGGAAAUCAAAUAGUUUGCUAGAGCAAAUGAACACCACCAAAGAUACAUCUGAUUAUCUAUGGUACACUGCUAGUUAUGAGCAAUCUGAGGAACAGUCUACUAUGAUAAGAGUGAAUUCUCGAGGUCAUGUGUUGCGUGCAUUCGUCAAUGGAGAAUUUAUUGGCUCGGGACAUGGGACUUUCACAAAUCAAAGAUUCAUUUUGGAGAAGAAUGCUCCUUUGAAAAGAGGAGUAAACGACAUUUCGUUGCUAAGCAUAAUGGUCGGCUUACCGGAUUCAGGGGCGCAUAUGGAGCGUAUAGCAGCAGGAUUGGAGAAGGUGAGAAUAGGAGAAAAAGACUUAUCUAACCUUUCAUGGGGAUAUCAGGUUGGGUUAAAUGGAGAAAAUAUGCAACUUUACACAGAAGAUGGAUCACAAAAAGCAAAAUGGAACAAAUUUCCCUCAUCUUCUCGGCCACUUAAAUGGUACAAGUCAAAAUUUGAUGCACCCAAAGGCAAUGAUCCAGUUGCACUAAAUUUGGGGUCAAUGGGGAAAGGGCAAGUUUGGAUCAAUGGUGAAAGCAUCGGUCGAUAUUGGAUCUCAUUUCUCAACCCUCAAGGUUCUCCUUCACAAAGAUGGUAUCACAUACCAAGAGCAUUCUUGAAGGCCAGAUAUAACUUGUUAGUGAUGUUUGAAGAAGAAGGGGGCAAUCCUCUAGGCAUAUCAGUAGAUACUGUUUCAGUAGCAGUAGCAUAA